AAAGGCGGAGUUGGAGGUUUUAUUCCCAGCUGGAGCACAGCAGAAAUUUAUUGUGGGGCACAUCAGGGGAGAGUGAGGGAGUAUGAGAGAGCUCUCCUCACUAACCACCCAGUAAUAUUCUUGAGAACCCCUGUGUGCCCCACUCUCACACACCCUCUCCUUAAACCAUCUCUCUCUCUCUACCGUCUCUAUGAGUUGCACAGAGGUUUUGAACGUCUUCAGUGCCAGGCACAUCCCCUCCCCUGUUGUGCCUGUAGACAUCGCCAUGAGGAUUUGCCUAAGCCACUCCCCGCCUGUCCACAGCUUCCUGAGCUUCAGGGAGUUCCGUGGUGGCUCGGUGCCCAGGCUCAAACCUCUGAGACCGUGCCUGAACCCCAAGAGCGAGCCAGGGCUCGGUGGCCAACGCUGGGACACCCGGCGGUCGCGGAGCCCCGGCCAGAAGAGGGUGAUCUUCGCUGACGCGAAGGGACUCUCACUCACGGCUGUGCGGGUCUUCUCCGAGUUUGAGGAUGAUCUGUCUGACCUUCAGUUCGAGCUGUCGGACCUGGCGGGCUGCACACCGGGGGUUUCCAGCAUCAAGGAAGAGAUGCUGGUGUUCGAUGGCCCCCAGCCCUCCGCCGACUACCUCGGCUUCCAGACCCGUCUGCAGAGAGCCUCGGUCUGCCUCGAGAACUGCAGCGUCCACCAUAGGUCCCUCUCGGGCACGGUCAAGGUCAAGAACAUCGGCUUCGAGAAGACGGUGGCCAUCAGGAUCACCUUCGACACCUGGAAGAGCUUCCGCGACGUGUCCUGCACUUACCUGAGGAGCCGCUACUGCCCCGGUGACCUGGACACCUUCUCCUUCCACAUCGGCCUCCCUGACGACCUCCCGCUCCACGAGAGGGUCGAGUUCUGCGUGCGCUACCAGUGCGGUCAGCACAGCUACUGGGACAACCACGAGGGGAAGAACUACCGCAUUGUGGCCAGCGGCUAUCAGUCACCUCAAGCCAGCAAGGAGGUUCCUGUUCGCUGCCCCAGCCCCAGCCCGAGCCAGGCCCAGCAGUUGGAGUUUGAGCAGUUUGGAAGCCCGCGAGCUGCCAGCGUCUUGUUCUCUCAGUGGCAGAGCUGGGGCAGGUUUGAUCACGCCGGAUUCUGGUAGAGAUCCCUCUAAGCCUCCUCUUCGCAAAUCAUCACCACCAAACCCCAACGCCCCCCCACCCACCGUCAUCUCGACCGCCCACCAGUUUUUUUUAGCCGUAACUUUUAACCCAACAUCAUGUGGCCAGCCAGGCAGUGGCUGUGACCCACUCACUCUUACACUAAAGAGCGCGUGUGUGACUUUGGGACUUUAAGGACUUCUCUCUCACCCCCCAAACUCCCUCCCAGACACCACAAUCUACCCUCCCGACAGCUUUUUGAUCCAGUCAGACACUGUCCUGUGCUAUUUUUAUUUAAGGCACCACCACCACCAGACUAACGUUCUCAGUGUUUGUUGUGCCUGACGUCCUCUGGAAUCAACGUCGAGUCCAAAAGAAAAAGUCUUUGUCUAAAGCCAGCUCGCUCGAGAUGCAUUUGGUGAAGAGAAAUGCCUUGCAAGGUGCAGUGAAUGGUGCCCACCAACUCUCUCCUCUCUCAUUGAGUUCCCUGUGCUUGACAUUCAGUUGACUGACUGUCUAGACGAUCGAACCAGCUGCAAAGUUCAUGCCUGUGCGGGAAUCAUUGGCAGGGACUGAUGUACUGUGGUACCUGACACGAGAACCCCCAGCUGAGCGCCCCCCUCACCCCCC